CAUUGAAAUUCAAAGAUGAAGGAAAUUACCAUAUUACCCCUGCCCUUGACAAGAUUUACACUUUUGUCUUUGGAUUACUUGGCCAAGAACAGUGAAACCCACACACAUCAAGAGGACCAGAAAGAGGAGCAUUCAGGUCCCAUUCUAUUCUUCAAUCAAACCCUUCUUUCUUUCUUUUAGGUGUUCACCAUCAUUUAAUACAAUAUCUAUCCAACACCCAACUCAGUUUUCAUGGAUCCCAAGACCUCAGACCACCACCACCAUCAUCAUCAUCGUCCUCAGCAGCAGCCACACCAAAUUUCAAGUUUCUUAACCCUCCCACAACCGACAACCACCAUGGCCGAUAACCCCAAGUCGUCAUCAUCGUCCGAGAUCAAGGAUUUUCAAAUUGUAAUCGCCGAUAAAGAAGACCCCGCCGGCGGCGGCGGUGGUAACAAAAAGCAACAACAAUUAUCAGUCAAACGGAGUUCAAACAAAGACCGGCACACCAAAGUUGAAGGUCGUGGUCGUCGGAUAAGGAUGCCUGCACUUUGUGCGGCUAGAAUUUUUCAACUCACGAGAGAAUUAGGUCAUAAAUCCGAUGGUGAAACGAUUCAGUGGUUGUUACAGCAGGCGGAGCCGUCCAUUAUCGCUGCCACGGGUACCGGGACCAUCCCUGCUUCCGCCAUGGGAGCAGCCGGUGCUGCAUCUUCACAUGGUGUUUCAAUUUCAGCAGGAUUGCAACACAAAAUCGACGAAAGUAGGACCAAUUGGCCAUUAGUUGGUGGGAAUUUGGGGGUAGGUAGACCCACAAAUCACAUGGCUACACCUCCAGGUAUAUGGCCCGCCAUACCCACAACCGGAUUCGGGUUUCAAUCGCCAUCGCCGUCGUCUGGUCCAUCUGCUAACAAUUUAGGAACCGAAAGCUCCAAUUACUUGCAGAAAAUUGCGUUUUCUGGGUUUGAUUUGCCGGGUUCUAAUUUGGGUCCGAUGUAUUUUUCUUCGAUUUUGGGUAAUCAUAAUCAUCAACAACAACAGCAGCUUCCAGGGUUGGAACUUGGUCUUUCACAAGAUAAUCAUAUUGGGGGUCUGAAUCAACAAGCUUUGAAUCAGAUUUACCAGAUGGGUCAAGCUAGAUUGCAUCAGCAACAGCAACAACAACAACAACAGCAGCAGUCUUCAAAGGAUGAUGAUUCUCAAGGUUCAGAGGAAUGGAGAGUAAAAGGAGAUUUUGAUGAAGAUUGUUUCAGAGCUUCAUCAGUAUCAAAACAGUUGUAUAUUUACAGUCUGAUUUUGCAGGGCCAAAGGAUUAAGACUUUUCUUGUUUGAGUUCAGAUGUGUGUUUUAUUGAAGUAAGCAUACAACCCCUUCCCCUUGAUAAUAUUAUGUGUGUUUUGAGGUAACUUCUGAAAGCAGCAAAAUGCUAACAAAUUGCACCAUCUUUUGGUUGGUUGGUUGGUUGGUUGCUUGCUUGGUAAGUAUAUAUGUGCUUCUUCUUCUUUUUGGAAAGAGAAGCCAAUGAUGA